GGGCGCGCUAGCCCCCUCCCAGGCGGCGCCCGCUCCGCCUGUCGCCCAAUGGCCGCGGUGCCCGGGCGCGCAUCAGUCGAUCCGCCCCGGCUGCCCGCCUCUAGGAGCCAAUCAGGGCGAUGGGGGCGGCCCCGGCCGCCGAUAAAGACUGCAGGGCGGCGGACGGCCCUGCAGAGCCGAGGAUGGGAGAAGAACUGAGGGUUUGAGUAGCAUUUCCAGCUUCCUCUCUUCUCCUCUCCGCACCUCGCUCUCACGGCCUGCCCGCCCUGCCGCCUGCUCGCUCCCCAGCACAUCUUCCACCAUGGCCACCUCAGCGAGUUCCCACUUGAACAAAGGCAUCAAGCAGGUGUACAUGUCCCUGCCCCAGGGUGAUAAAGUCCAAGCUAUGUAUAUCUGGAUCGACGGUACCGGAGAAGGGCUGCGAUGCAAGACCCGGACGCUAGACAGCGAGCCCAAGAGUGUGGAAGAGUUGCCCGAGUGGAAUUUUGAUGGCUCUAGUACUUUGCAGUCUGAAGGUUCCAACAGUGACAUGUAUCUCAUUCCUGCCGCCAUGUUUCGGGACCCUUUCCGCAAGGACCCCAACAAGCUGGUGUUCUGUGAAGUCCUAAAGUACAACCGGAAGCCUGCAGAGACCAACUUGAGGCACACCUGUAAACGGAUAAUGGACAUGGUGAGCAAUCAGCACCCCUGGUUUGGGAUGGAGCAGGAAUACACCCUCAUGGGCACCGACGGACACCCCUUUGGCUGGCCUUCCAAUGGCUUCCCAGGGCCCCAAGGUCCGUACUACUGUGGCGUGGGAGCAGACAGAGCCUACGGCAGGGACAUUGUGGAGGCUCACUACCGGGCCUGCUUGUACGCUGGCAUCAAGAUCGCAGGGACAAACGCCGAGGUUAUGCCCGCCCAGUGGGAAUUCCAGAUAGGCCCCUGUGAAGGAAUCGAUAUGGGAGAUCAUCUCUGGGUGGCCCGGUUCAUCUUGCACCGAGUGUGUGAAGACUUUGGAGUGAUAGCAACCUUUGACCCCAAGCCAAUUCCUGGGAACUGGAACGGUGCAGGCUGCCACACCAACUUCAGCACCAAGGCCACGCGAGAGGAGAACGGCCUGAAGUACAUUGAGGAGUACAUCGAGAGGCUGAGCAAGCGGCAUCAGUACCACAUCCGAGCCUACGAUCCCCACGGGGGCCGGGACAAUGCCCGACGCCUAACUGGAUUCAACGAGACCUCCAACAUCAACGACUUUUCUGCCGGCGUGGCCAACCGCAGCGCCAGCAUCCGCAUUCCCCGGGCUGUCGGCCAGGAGAAGAAGGGUUACUUUGAAGACCGGCGCCCCUCUGCCAACUGUGACCCCUUUGGGGUGACAGAAGCCCUCAUCCGCACGUGUCUUCUUAACGAAACUGGCGAGGAGCCCUUCCAAUACAAAAACUAAGUGGACUAGACUCGCAGCCAUUGAACCCCUUCUAAUCCUUCAACUCGCGCCACCCCUCUCCCCCUCAGUUGUCAUAAUAGCCGUAACUCGAAGGGCAGAGCAUCAAGGUCUUUUUUUUAUUCCUCCUGCCCAGUUAAUAUCUCUUGCUUUUUUUUGGCCAGGUUACAGAGGUCAAGUUCUUAAUCUCCACACACAUACACACACACCCCCCCUUUUGCCCCCAUCACUGAAGCUUUCUAGUGCGUUAGUGGGGAGGGCGCGGGGAAACAUAACCACUGCUUCACUUAAUCAGAUGUUUGUCCAACAGGCGUUAGCUAUGCGGACAGGGAGUAUAGUGUUUGUGAAGGGAGGGGAAGGACCUUCCUCUUCUUUGAGGUAGCUGAAGGGGGUUGGAGGGCUGGGCUUUUACUCUGUGGCUAGGUUAGAUAUUUUCCCCCUUGGUAGGAGUUCCAUUUCUUAGAAGGCUGUAACCAGAUUUCUGGUGGAAGUGAGAGUUAGGAGAGGGGGGAGCGUGGGUGGCAGGCAGGAGGGUGCCCCUCCCUCUCUGCUGCACUUCCCAGGCCUGGGGCUACAUGCCCUCCCUUGAAGACAAGCUCAGCGCAAAGGAAUGGGAUGGAUCGCUCUACCUUAGAAGAAGAAAAGCUGUCAUUCCUUGGUCCCCCACCUAUAACAAAUCAGAGUAGUAUUUUUAUAUUUAAAUGCAAAAACAAAAAAAUUAUAUAUAUAUAUGGGUGUGCGGAUAUGUGUGCUUUUUCAAAAGGAGGAACACCAUUCUGAUCACCAGGAGCCACAUUGGAGACGAGUAGUCUGGUUGGAAAAAGGCUCCUUUUGAGUUGGGGGGUGAGGGUGGAGAUGCUUGAAGAGUUGGCUGUUAGGGGCUGUGAAACCCUCACUACCAUUUAAGGGUUUCUCUGUGUCCUGCCCACCCUUUGGGAGCAGGUGGGCACCGGCUGGUUAACAGGAGGGAGCAGGGAUGGCGGCCGCGGUCACCCGAGCCCCCUGGCUUUGGUGCAAAGACACACGUGUGCACAGGGGUUUAGAAGUAGGAGUUGGCUGGUCAACUUGCGCAUGUAUGUUACUGACGGGGUGAUGGGUUCUUUUCCGGGGGACAGCAUGUCACUAAAGCAGGCCUUUUGAUAUAUUAAAAAAUUUUUUAAAGAGCAAAAUGUUUAGAUUUUAAUCAUAUUGGUAGGGAUUUGAAGACUUUGUUUUAGGGAAUUGCUUGCAGAAUUGCUCGUUGGCUUCUACCGUCCCCUUCCUUCUCUGCUUCUAGAGGGGAGGGGACAGGGCUGGGGUCAAACACUGGUAAUUUUGUAUCUUGGUGUCCAUUCUGAGUGAAAAUAUUCCUUUGUUAAGGUUCCGAGGAGGUUUUUUUUUUUUCUUUUAUAAUAAAAAAUAAACCCCACCUUCAACUCUAUGUCCUCCCUACCAUUCCUGGCUGUGUUUGUGUUGGUUGCGGCAGACCAGCUGUGGGUUUUUUUCCCCUUGCCCUGACGACUUCUCAUUGCCAUGUACAGUAUGUUCAGAGUUAGGUAACUCCUCGUUGUAAACAGACUUAACUGCCCAGAGCAGCUCUAAAUCAACCAGACACUUAUAAGAUCUGACUUGAUCUUUGUUUUUUUAAUCCCUAUGUGCCUUUUCAUUCUCUCCUACCACAGAUGGGGAGGUUUCUAAAGAGGCAAAGUAAGCUCGGGUUUACCUGUUGUUAGAAUUAAGUCUUGAGUCAUUGCCAACCAGCUCUUCCCUGCACCUUGGGUAUUUGGCAGCUCUGGAUUAAGGCACAUCCCAGCCCUAGAGUUUUGUAAAAUGAUACAAACCCCUCACCCACCCACCCAAGCCCGGUGUUCCAGAGCUUGGCUUUGAUCUACCAUACUGUAACAUUGUUUUGAACAUCCCUCUGGCUUAAUUUUAUAGCAGCCUGAAGUAUUUGUGUUAUUAACUGGUCUUGCAUGCAUCCUCUGCCCAGCUGCCAGUGAUUCAUCUCAAUAACAAAUAUUGACCACGUUGCUACCGUGGUUAAAGCCUUCUGAGGCUGGGUGUGCUCGGGGCCAGCCAGCCUGGGUGUGUCCUGGAUAUACCUUGCACUAGACCUGUGAGCUGCUUAUGAUCCCCCCAAAAGCUCCAUGUUGACACCCGUGCCUUUGCUCCUCCCCCUUUACCUGGAAUUUCUUCCACCUUAUCCUGCCUUAUUCCUGCCUUAGUUCAACUCUACACCAGGCUGGGUAGGAGCUCCCUCCGGCUCUGUAGUGCUGUGCAUAUGACUUCUAGCAAAAACACUCAACACUCUAACCUAAGGUGCCAGUAGCGUGGGCAAUAGUAAUUACUGUUUUUAAAAGGUAGUAUCCUCAGGGUCAAUGUUACUGGGGCCUGUAACAGCAAACAAAUGAGUUUUCUUUGAGGAAGUGCAUAUUUUGCUCAAGUCUUAGGUGUUUUUUAGAUUUUUCUCCAAUGGUUGGUCCCUGACAAUUUGAUUUUCAAAGCAGAUGGAUGAUCUUACCUAUUGGUUUGCUGGGUGUGGUCCCAGUUUGUACUUACAGUUUCAGUGUGAUUGUUAAGGGUGCCCUCUCAGUGUUUUCCUGGUGCUGCUGAUAAAUUACAUGGUGAUUCGUACUCAACUGGAGUUCUUUGUCCUCUCCCCAGCCUUUCCUGGGUCAGCCCUACACUUGGAGGAGAGUGUUCCGAACAGUGCAUGUACACGAUGGAGGCAAUGACUCGAGCACUUUGUGGGUUUUUUGUUUUUGUUUUUUUCUCAUUGUAAUCAAUUGCCUGACAAAGAUCACAUAGAAGAGAAUUCUAAAUUAAAAUGAGUUAGGUGGAAACAACUAGAAUUAGUUUCGACCAACAGGUCACAGUGCAAUUCCCUUGUGUUUCACUGGGUUACAUGAUAACUUUAUCAGUGAGAUUAAACAAGAACAGCCAAGCCUUCAGCCUUAGAGAGAGAGGCCAGUAUUCACAACAGGAGUUCUCCACGUUAAGCAUGAGUUACCCUUACAUUUCAACCUGCCUAUCACUGGAUAAGAGCUAAAUGAUGACAGCACAAGCUAACAGGAAUGUGUCCUGCCAGGAGCCAAUUAACAAGUCAGAUCUGCGCCCCUGGGCAGGAUGGCACACUCGUGGAUGAAAGAGGUUCCUAGGCAAGCACUUGGUGCUGGGGCUUCACCAGUCUCACCAAAGGCUGCACUUACAUCGUUCCAGCUGCUGCUUGGCCCUUGUACCAAUAAGGUGCAAAGUCUGCAAAGUAACUCGCUGCCCCGCAGAAAGCUCAUCACUCAACAACUUUUUGACAACUCUGUGGAGGCAGGGAUCCUGCUUUUCCUUCCCAGGACUGUGUUCCCAGGGCUGUAUCCUCAGACCUGCCAUGGUGCCUGCAGUACUUGUUUAAUGAAUUACUUUGCAGUAUCAGUUUUGUGAAGUUUCAGCCUACAACUAACUUUGGGGGGUGUCAAACCCUCAUGGGUCUCAGCUGUUUGGCUGUGUUUUAACCCUGGUCACAGCACUAAGCAAAGUUGUGUUGUGCUGAGCUGUUAAGGACUCCCCUGGUUCGGUGAAUUCUGGCUGAAGGUGGGCUACCAAGAGCCUCGUGUUGCUUUAUGAGUUAUAACGACCAUAAAGUGGCAAUUCAUCAUGUAAUUCCAGGGGUUUCCCAUAAAUUGCUACUGUAAAUAGUUUGAGUGGAUUAGGGCCCUGCCAUUUUAUAGCCUUUAGCUCAAUCACCAACCACUCAUUUUUU